AUGCAAGCGCGCUCGGACGACGAGCUGCGUGAGCUCACAAAGAGCCUCCAAAGCCGAGCUCAGGAACAGAAGGAGUCACUGGACUCGUUGCUUCCAGAGGCUUUUGCCCUUGUCCGGGAGGCCUCCUUGCGCGUGCUGGGCCUCCGGCACUUUGAUGUGCAGUUGAUGGGAGGAAUCGCUCUCCAUGAAGGCAACAUUGCUGAGAUGGGAACUGGAGAGGGCAAGACCCUUGUGGCCAUCUUGGCGGCAUUCCUCAAUGCCCUGUCUGGCAAGGGGGUGCACGUUGUGACGGUGAAUGAUUACCUUGCACGGCGAGAUGCAGAGUGGGUUGGUCAGCCCCUACGAUUCCUCGGCAUGACAGUGGGCGUCGUCCAGAAUGGCAUGCCCUCAGACCAGAAGAAGAAGGCCUACAGGUCUGAUGUCACCUACGUUACCAACAGCGAGUUGGGCUUUGACUACCUUCGGGAUCAAAUGGCGCCGUCUCCUUCAGACCUUUCUCUUCGCGAGGACUCGCCGUUCAACUUCGCAGUGGUGGAUGAGGUCGAUUCCAUCCUCGUGGACGAGGCUCGUACGCCGCUCAUCAUCUCCGGUGUUGCGGAGAACUCCCCCACCAAGUAUCAGGUGGCCAACGAGGUUUCCAAAGCCUUGCGGAAGGAGGUGCAUUACACAGUGGAUGAGAAGCAGAGGCAGUGUGUGCUGAUCGAGGCAGGUGUCGAAACAGCGGAGAAGCUCUUAGGCAAAGAUGACCUUUUCGACCCAGAGGACCCCUGGUUUCCAUUCGUCACGAACUCCUUGAACGCAAAGGAGCUGUACAUCAAGGACAAGGCAUACAUCGUCAAACGUGGAGAGGUGAUGAUUGUGGACGAGUUCACAGGACGUGUCAUGGAAGGUCGGCGAUGGAGCAAUGGCCUGCAUCAGGCCAUUGAAGCCAAGGAGGGUGUCCAGAUCCAGGCUGAGUCUGUCACUCUAGCCAGCAUUUCGUACCAAUCCCUCUUCAGGCUCUUCGAUAAGCUCGGCGGCAUGACGGGCACCGCCUUCACAGAGGCUAAGGAGUUCGAGGAGGUCUACAAGCUGAAGACAGUCGUCAUCCCACCAAACCUGCAAAGGAAGCGGGAAGACAAGGACGAUCAGGUCUAUGUGGACGAUAUCGGCAAGUGGAAGGCUUGCGCUCGAGAGAUCGAGAACGCCCACCGAAUCGGCCGGCCAUGUCUUAUCGGCACCACCAACGUUGAAAAUUCCGAGAUCAUCGCAGAGCUCCUUGACGCUUUGGGUGUGGCCUAUCAGCUCCUCAACGCCAAGCCCGAGAAUGUGGCCCGCGAGACAGAGAUUGUUGCAUCCAGCGGCCGAAAAUAUGCUGUGACCAUUGCGACCAACAUGGCUGGGCGAGGAACCGACAUCCUUCUUGGAGGCAACCCUGCCAUGAUGGCUCGACUCCGAUUGCGAGAGGAGCUCUAUGGCAAACUCUUCCCUCGCAAGACUUGGGCCAUGCCUGAGGAGUUCUACCCAGUGGAUCUCACCGAGGAGUUGAAGACGCUGGUUGCCAAUGCCGUUGGUGCAACCGUAGAGGCUUGGACACCGAAAGAGAUAGAUCUGAAGCCAACAUCCCUGGAGGCAGCAGAGCAGAUUGUCGCACAGGGACAGCUCACAGAGCUUGAGGCCGAGGAGCGCUUAUCCCUGGCUUGUGAGAAGGCCCCAACCAGCGACGAGGUGAUUCUCAAGCUCCGCGAGGCUUACAAAGCUUUGGCGACACACUACAAGGAGAUCACAGACCUAGAGAAGGAAGAGGUCAAGGCCUUGGGAGGCCUUCUUGUGCUGGGUACAGAGCGGCACGAGUCGCGGCGCAUUGACAACCAGCUGCGGGGCCGCUGCGCCCGACAAGGAGACCCUGGAAGCACCCGAUUUUUCCUCAGUUUGAAUGAUACAAUUUUCCGCAUCUUCGGAGGCGACAACAUCAAGAACAUGAUGAACAUGAUGAGCCUGAGCCAGCCGGAAGACACGCCGCUGGAGUCCGGCCUUCUCUCCAACUCCCUCGAGGAAGCGCAGAAGAAGGUCCACCCUUCCAAGCCUACGAAGGGUCUCGAUGUCGCGGACCAGACCUCCGAGGAGCCAAUGGCACAGAGCCCUGAGCACCUCGAGGCUUUGCAGGCCGGGCUGGGUGGGGAGCUCCGUCGCGGCAACACGAAAGCGGCCUUCGAAAAAGCGGCUGUGCCGCUACUAGUGGAGGAUGCCGGGGCCUCCUGGGUGAAUUCUACCUCACUGGGCGCAGAGCUUGGUGACCCUGACUCGCAAUACGCGCUGGGGGUCCUCUAUGCCAAUCUCCUGGAGGAGUCGUCCCUGGAGCUGCAGAAGAAUGAGGCCAUGGGCUACAGGCACUCUCAGGGACUGGGCACACCCAGAGCCUGCGGCACCGCUGCGCUGAACUAUAUUGAGGUGGCGCGGCGUGUUGCGCAGGUUUACUCCUCUGGUAUGCCGAAGGCUGUUGAGCUGGUCAGGCUCGGCGUCGACAACCGGGACCGGCAGAUGAGCCGCCCGGAGAUGGCGGUCUUUGUGGAAAUCGCUGCCAGCGGUGAUGCCAACGUUGCAGCUGCUGUGGGCAAGCGAUACCUAUUGGGCCUUGAGGGCUUCCACCAGAACUACGAGCGCGCAGCAGGCCAUCUGACUACGGCCGCGCAGCCGCUCGGGAAUCAGAAGCGGGGUAUCACUGCAAUCAACACCAUGCAGUGCUGGAUGAGUCCCUUCGGAAGCAUCAUCCCAACGCCAUGGCUCUUCUGGGUUACAUGUACAGCCUUGGGCUUGGUGUCACGAAGAACUUGGAUCGGGCCUACCGGUACUUUCAAGAUGCCGCCUCUCGGGACGAUGCUCUAG